AUGGCAGAGAAUGUGAGAAGUGUGGCAGAACUCCAAGCAGACGUCAGCGAGGGGUUUCUGUUUGGUGCUGUAAGUGUCCCUCCAUCCAUGCCUCCCCUCCCCACCUUCUCCCCCUCCUCCUCCCCUCCUCCUCCCCUCCACCUUGCCCUCAUCUCUGAGUCCUGCAGCCGAAAAAAGCGCUCCAUGGCGAGGCUUUCGCAGUGGCGUCUUGACAAUGUCACAACUGCGUUUUCUGAGACAAUCCCUGUCUCAUCGGAGGAGCGAAGAGGAGGAGUCCUGCCAGUCAGACCAGAACUGUACGAGGAAACCCUCCUGAACAGCAUCUUCACUGAGCUCUACAUCACACAAGGCCAGAGUGAAGAGGUUAAUACCCAACAUGAGGUGAGGCAGCUGGAGACAGCUUCCAAAAAGAAGACCCUCCAUGACACUCCAAUCAAGUGCCAGGACAUCUUUAAAGCCUUAACUGACCAACAGGCUCACAUCAGAGCGGUCCUGACCAACGGAGUCGCUGGAGUUGGAAAAACCUUCUCAGUGCAGAAGUUCACUCUGGACUGGGCCGAGGGUUUGGAAAACCAAGAUGUCAGUCUGGUGAUCCCGCUCUCCUUCAGGGAGCUGAACCUGAUCAAAGGUGAGCAGUACAGUCUUCUCAGGCUGCUCCAUGUUUUCCAUCCAACCUUACAGAAGGUCACAGCAGAGCAGCUGGCUGUCUGUAACGUGCUGCUCAUCUUUGACGGCCUGGAUGAAAGCAGACUUUCUCUGGACUUCAGAAACAAUGAGGUUGUGUCUGAUGUCUCUCAGCAGUCCUCAGUCGACGUGCUGCUGACAAACCUCAUCAGGGGGAAGCUGCUUCCCUCGGCUCUCGUCUGGAUAACUUCCAGACCUGCAGCGGCCAAUCAGAUCCCUCCUGAGUGUGUGGACAGGGUGACAGAAGUACGAGGCUUCACUGACGCCCAGAAGGAGGAGUACUUCAGGAAGAGAUCGAGUGAUGAAGACCUGUCCAGCAGAAUCAUCUCUCACAUCAAGAGCUCCAGGAGCCUCCACAUCAUGUGCAUGAUCCCAGUCUUCUGCUGGAUCACUGCUGAAGUUCUGGACCACAUGUUGACUACAGACCAGAGAGGAGAGCUGCCCAAGACCCUCACUGACAUGUACUCACACUUCCUGCUGGUCCAGACCAAGAAGAAGAAGCAGAAGUAUGAAGAGGGACAUGAGACGAGUCCACAGCAGCUGACGGAGGCUGACAGGGAGCUUCUUCUGAAGCUGGGGAGGCUGGCGUUUGAACAUCUGGAGAAAGGACACAUCAUGUUCUACCAAGAAGACCUGGAGCGCUGUGGUCUUGGUGUCACCGAGGCCUUGGUGCACUCAGGAGUUUGUACAGAGAUCUUCAAAAGAGAGAGAGUGAUCUUCCAGAAAACAGUCUACUGCUUUGUUCAUCUGAGCAUUCAGGAGUUUCUGGCUGCAGCCUACAUGUUCCACUGUUACACCAACAGGAACACAAAGGUACUGAAGGACUUCCUGAAGAGUGACUAUAAACGCAGCAGUGAUCAGGAUUACUCAUCCCUGGAUGUCUUCCUGAAGAGAGCCAUGGAGAAAUCCCUCAGAAGUAAAAAUGGCCACCUGGACCUGUUUGUCCGCUUUCUCCACGGCCUCUCUCUGGAGUCCAACCGGAGACUCUUAGGAGGCCAGCUGAGUUACAAAGACAACCAGCCAGAAAUCAUCCAGAGAGCCAUCAGCAACCUGACGGAGAUGAACAGUGAGGAUAUCUCUCCUGACAGGAUGAUCAACAUCUUCCACUGUCUGACAGAGAUGAAGGACCACUCAGUACAUCAGGAGAUCACAGAGUUCCUGAAGUCAGAGAACAGAUCAAAGAGACUCUCUGUGAUCCACUGCUCUGCUCUGGCCUACAUGCUGCAGAUGUCAGAGGAGGUUCUGGAUGAGUUGAACCUGAGUCAGUACAACACAUCAGAUGAGGGACAACGGAGACUGCUUCCAGCUGUGAGGAACUCCAGGAAGGCCAAACUGACUGGCUGUAUACUCUCAGAGACUGAAUGUGAAGUCGUGGCCUCAGCUCUGAAGUCUGACCCCUCCAAUCUGAGAGAUCUGGACCUGAGUGAGAACCCUCUGCAGGAUUCAGAAGUGAAGCUGCUGAGUUCUGGACUAAAGAGUCCAAACUGCAGACUGGAAGCUCUCACACUGUGGGACUGCAGUUUGUCAGAGAUCAGCUGUUCUGCUCUGGCCUCAGCUCUGAAGUCCAACAUCCAUCUGAGAAAGCUGAACCUGGGUUUCAACGAUCUGCAGGAUUCAGGAGUGGAGCUGCUGAGAGAUCUUCUGGAGAGUCCAGACUGCAGACUGGAGACCCUCAGACUGAGUUUCUGCAGGUUGUCAGAGAUCAGCUGUUCUGCGCUGAUCUCAGCUCUGAAGUCCAACUUCCAUCUGAGAUAUCUGGACCUGGGUCACAACGCUCUUCAGGAUUCAGGAGUGGAGCUGCUGAGAGAUCUUCUGGAGAGUCCAGACUGCAGACUGGAGACCCUCAGACUGAGGGGCUGCAGGUUGUCAGAGAUCAGCUGUUCUGCUCUGGCCUCAGCUCUGAAGUCCAACAUCCAUCUGAGAGAGCUGGACCUGAGUACGAACGCUCUGAAGGAUUCAGGAGUGGAGCUGCUGAGAGAUCUUCUGGAGAGUCCAGACUGCGUGACAGGAAGUGAAGAAACACAGAGAGGUCCCAGAGGGUUACCUGUUGACCCGUGUCCAUCUCAAAAUGGUCCGCAGGCAUCCCAUAAUCCUGCGUUUGGGGUGGAGACGUUCUCCCUGUAA